GCAGAAAGUCACCAACAAUGUUCUGGUUUCAGGAAAAAGAUUUAAAGGCGACGUCUGACAACACCGGUAUACAUUUAUCUCAGUAAUCCUCAUCUGCUGGGACACUCUUUGACAAACAGCAUCUGCUGAACUUGGACGACAAUGGACGAGUGCUGCUUGUCUCCUGAAGAUCAAGAGAGCCGGAUGAUAUCAAGGGAAAUAGAGAGACAACUUCAGCUUGACAAAAAAAAUCUUAAACGGGAACUGAAGCUUCUGCUUUUAGGAACUGGUGAAAGUGGGAAGAGCACCUUUAUCAAACAGAUGAGGAUUAUCCAUGGUCAAGGGUACACUGAAGCUGACAGGAGAGGUUUCACUCGAGUUCUCUUCCAGAAUAUCAUCACAGCCAUCCAGGCGCUGAUUGAUGCCAUGAGGCAGCUAAAGAUUGACUAUGUUGACGACCAAAAUAUUCCAUAUGCAGACAAACUGAGCCAAGUGGAGGUAAUCGAGGUGACAAUGUUGGAGUCCUGGCAGGUGGAUGCCAUUAAGCGAGUGUGGAAUGACCAUGGUAUACAACAGUGCUAUGACCGUAGGAGGGAGUACCAGUUGUCAGACUCUGCCAAAUAUUAUCUGACUGACAUGGACAGAAUCACAGCCCCAGGAUAUAUUCCUACUGUGCAGGAUAUAUUGAGGGUCCGAAUAGCCACCACAGGCAUCAUAGAGUACAUGUUUGAUAUGUCAAAAGUCAUCUUCAGGAUGGUGGAUGUGGGUGGCCAGCGUUCAGAGAGGAAGAAAUGGAUCCACUGCUUUGAAAAUGUCACUUCUGUCAUAUUCUUGGCAGCCCUCAGUGAAUACGAUCAAGUCCUUUAUGAGAGCCAGAAUGAGAACCGACUACGUGAGAGCCUCGCCCUGUUUGAGACAAUCACCUCGUCCGUUUGGUUUCAAGAAUCCUCCACCAUCCUUUUUCUGAACAAAAAAGACCUGCUGGCAGAGAAAAUCACAAAAUCUAAUCUGUCAACCUACUUUCCAGACUACAGUGGGCCUCAAGGCGAUGCUCAAUCAGCACAAAAGUUCAUAGAGAAGUUGUACAUUCAAUUACACAACAAGCAUCAUAAAGCCCUCUAUACACACUUCACCUGCGCCACAGACACAGAAAACAUCCGGGUCGUCUUCAAAGCUGUCAAAGACACACUUCUUCAAGAUAACCUCGAAAAAUUCAACAUUGUAUGAGAGAAAACCAAGUAAUGAGUUACCUUUAGUAACCUAAAAAAAGCCCAGAUAGAAUGACAUGUUGCAAUGUUUUGAUAUUGAAGUACUGUGAGACUCAGGUUUUUAGACAAUGAAAAAAAGAAAAAUAGCUAACAUGGGGAUGUUUACCCCCACUGUACAGGAUAAUUUUAUUUUAUUGAAACACCAUUGUAUCAAAAUAGUAAAUCAUAAAAUUGGCAUUGUAUUCAUACAGUUCCAACUAGAAAUAUUCAGCCUCCUCACCUCAUUAUCCUGAUGUUGAUAAAAGAUGACCAUAAAUGGCAAAACAAG